ACGUGCAGUCUGUGGGCUGAGGAGUUGGCGCAUGCGCGGUGGGGCGCUGUGUUAGCACGCAGUCCGGCGCUGUAAAUGGAGUCGGGCGCUCAGGGUGACGCGGGAAAGCACGCGCUAUUCGUGUGUUAGAGGUGCGGGGUGAAAACGCUGUCCGUGGGAGUUCGUGGGUUGACAUGGAAUAGGUUUAGGCCUCGUAGUGUGGGUUUUUCCUCGCGUGGAUAGUUUGUCAGAACGCUACAGCAAACGUGGGCUCGGGCUCCUCGUUCCCACAGAGGCCUGGCUUUAGCCUAGCUUAGCUUAGUAUCCGGUCAUUAGCAAACAGUUUGUACAGACUACUGGUUUUUUUCUGCUGAAGGCCAAAACGCACAGACAUGACAGACGCCGUUGCAAUGCAGCAAAUGUUGGACAGGAGUUGCUGGGUGUGUUUCGCCACAGAUGAAGAUGAUCGCACUGCCGAGUGGGUGCGGCCGUGCCGAUGCCGUGGCUCCACCAAGUGGGUGCAUCAAACCUGCCUGCAACGCUGGGUGGAUGAAAAGCAGCGGGGCAACAGCACAGCACGUGUGGCCUGUCCUCAGUGCAACGCCGAGUACCUCAUUGUAUUCCCCAAACUGGGGCCCAUUGUGUACGUGCUGGACCUGGCAGACAGACUUAUCUCCAAGGCAUGCCCGUUUGCUGCAGCUGGCAUCAUGGUGGGCUCCAUCUACUGGACUGCGGUAACAUAUGGAGCCGUCACAGUGAUGCAGGUGGUUGGUCAUAAGGAGGGACUGGACGUGAUGGAGAGAGCUGAUCCACUGUUCCUUCUUAUUGGACUGCCCACUAUCCCAGUUAUGCUCAUUCUGGGAAAGAUGAUACGCUGGGAGGACUAUGUGCUGCGUCUGUGGAGAAAAUAUUCCAACAAGCUGCAGAUCCUCAACAGCAUCUUCCCAGGGAUUGGUUGUCCAGUUCCCAGAAUUCCUGCUGAGGCAAGUCCCUUAGCCGAUCAUGUAUCGGCCACUCGGAUCCUGUGCGGAGCGCUGGUGUUCCCCACCAUCGCCACCAUCGUGGGCAAGCUCAUGUUCAGCCGCGUCAACUCCAACCUGCAGAGGACCAUCCUGGGUGGCAUCGCGUUCGUGGCCAUUAAAGGUGCGUUUAAGGUCUACUUCAAACAGCAGCAGUACCUCCGCCAAGCCCAUCGCAAGAUCCUCGACUUCCCCGAGCCGGAGGAGGCCUGAGAGGCCAAAGCAAAUGUCCACAGCCCUUUACAGACUUUUGAGACAUCAAAGAGACCUCCAUGCCAUCUGCAAAAUGUUUGUGUGUGUGUGUGUGUGUGUGUGUGUGUGUGUGUGUGUGUGUGUGUGCGCAUGCUGCAGAGCAGAUUCAGAUGAGUGUUGCUGGAACAGGCUUUCUCCCAGCUGCUACGACGUGAGGAAUGUGUAUGAGAGAGGAGAGGAGUGGACAGAGUGGUGGACGAUGAUUAAUGUAAGCUGUUCAGUCGUGUCUCUCCCUGACAAUGUGAUUGUUUUUUUGUUUUGUUUUUUUCCUCUCCUUUCUCAACAUGUACAAGAUCCAGACGACUUCCUCUCCGCUGUUUUAAUCAGAGCUGGGCCAGGUUCCUUCUUCUCUGUAUUUUAUAGGUUGUGGUAUUUUUAAAUGAAGAGUAGGACACGUGAAAUUCUAAAAGAGUUUUAUGUAAAUGACUGAUUUUAUAAACACUACUCUGCUGGUAGGAUCCAAAAUCUUGCCUUUUGGUGACUGUUCUUUCACACUUUAACUAAUCAGUGACUCUGCUGUAGAACUGUGUACUUGUAAUAAUGCUCAGCAUGCAUUGCAUUUUAAUGGGGUUGUGGCUGCACACUGAGGCUGGUGUAAAACUGCAAUCUUUUCAGAUUACAUUAGUAUUAACGUGCAUCCAGAACCCUGUCUCAGACGCAAAAUAAUGCGAGGUGCUAUGAGAGCUGGAGUAUCUACACUAUGACUAAUGUAAAAUCUUUCUUCAAGCUUAAAAAGCCUCCAUCAGUUUGGUACGAUGAGGAAAAUGCGGAUUUACUCAUCUAUUUUGGUACUCGAGAGACCCGAGAGACCACACAAAAAGGGGUGCGGUGUAAGAUUGCUCACCCCAAAAAGCUUUAUUUUCUUAAGAAUAAUUUGCUUGAAGUUCAGAUAUAAGAUGUGAUUUAGAGCACCACCAAGCUGACUCAUUUCUGGUGUUGUUUGAUGACCUAAAAAUGGCCCCCAGUGAAUGACGACUAUGAUGUGCAUCACGGUGCGGUUUGGAAAAAUAUCAAGCUCCCAGAAAAGCCUUUGCCUCUGAUGUAUGGACUUUUUUUUUUUUUUUUUCGCACGCUACAUCACUGUUCCGAUCUUUCAGAUCCUGACUACUCUGAGCUGGAAGUGGUGAAUCCAGUUCUCCAUGGUACAUCUGAAACAAAAGCUCUCCCUCUGAUGUGAAGAAUUGUCUGCUGGAUUUUUCUCCAGGGGAAGGAGGAAUAAAUAUGAAAUGCACUUCUGCAGUUUAGUUCAGGAAAUGUGGCCUGAAUUCAUUCGAAUACUGAAAAUUGGGAAUUAGGACCGUGUCUGAUAAGUAACUUCUUGUCCUUGUAAUUGAUAUUUGUAUAAAAUCUGAUUGGAACAGAGGAAGUGUUGCUACAGCUAUCAGUGUAUUUCAUAAAUUAUAUUUCUUUUUUUUUUUUUUUGGGACAAACAGCAUGCCAAUAAAUGACCACCCUGUGCUUUUAAAACCUGCUGCAGUCAUUUCACUCCUGAAUACUGAGUAGCUGCUUUGGCAGGUUUUAAUAUUAAAAAGUUACAGCACUUAUACAAUUAACUAAUUUAAUUUAGAAAAUAUUAAUCUACUUAGAAAACAAGAGUUUAAUCAAAGCCACUGGAGUAUCUUAACCCAGCCGCUUGCCAUUUAAUCACUGUGUCUGACGUGUUCUUGGAACAAGUUAGUAAUGAUAAACGCCAAACACCAAGCAGUGAUGUAUAAAUGUAUGACUUGUAUAUAAAGAUACAGCUUAUGGAUUUAUGUUCAUUUGUGAAUAAAUGUAUUUUUCCAAUGGU